UGCGCGUGUGUUGUGACACGCCGGUCGUUAUGGAUACGUCGCGACGUCCCGGGGACCAGUGUAUAGCCACUUCCUACACGUCGUCCAGGGUGUGUACGUAAUGUGUCGUCGUCGUCGUGUAGAAUUCGCGACGGUCCGCUAUGCCGAAGAACCGCCACUCGCCUUCCGGUACUCUUGGAAAAGACGUCGCGUCACCGCUGCCACCGAAGAGGAAAGCGAGCUCCGUCAGUUUCUACUUCCUCCCGUGAAGCCGUUCGCGUCUUCCGCUGCACACGCGUUCUCCGGAAGCUGAGGUGAGUGGUACCGGAGUGGCGCAGAGUCGACACGCAACAGAAAAGUCUCCAACGAUCAUCUUCCCGUCACAAAUUGCACAUAUAAACGAGUUAUCCCGCAAUGUUCAGCUUGAGGCCCCACAGUGCCACCACGAGACAGGAGCUUGAGAUGAUCAAUAAGGCCCAACGGGCCAUACAGACCGCAACGGAUCCCAUUGAGAAGCUGCGUCUGCUCUGCCUGGCUAGAGGUGCCAAUGGCAUCCUCGGUCUGGGUAGAGUAUUCCGUCGUAUGGACGAAGAUGGAAAUAAAAAAUUAAAUCUCGAGGAGUUCAAAACGGGUUUAAAGCAAAUAGAGCUAGAACUAUCGGACGACGAGAUUGAGGAAAUCUUUCGGAAAUUUGACACCGACGAGGAUGGAAACAUUAGCGUCGACGAGUUCCUCGUCGGCAUAAGACCACCGAUGUCUCAAAGCCGGCAAAAUGUGAUUGAGCAAGCGUUCAACAAAUUGGAUAAAAGCGGCGAUGGACGAAUCACUAUCGACGAUCUCAAAGGGGUUUACAAUGUCAAAUGUCAUCCGCGUUAUAUUAGCGGUGAGGAAAGCGAGGAGAGCAUCUUGAACAAAUUUCUUUCGAAUUUCGAGCACGGCGGCAACGCGGACGGCAUCGUAACGGGAGAAGAAUUUAUGAAUUAUUACAGCGUUAUCAGUGCGAGCAUAGAUCACGAUGCGUACUUCGAUCUGAUGAUACGCAACGCUUACAAGCUGUGAUCUCUGUAUUCCGUGAGAUGAUACGAUUCAUGCAUCCGCCUGUUCGCUAUGCGAAUCAACAUCGCCAUUCUGCUAAAACAAAAAAAAAAUAAAUUAAUAUAUUAGCCGCUACGUUGCCAAGUGUGUCCUAGCUCGUUAUUAGAUUCGCACGUAUUUCUGCUAAUUGCAAUUUACAAGCGUAUUAUUUACAAUGUUAAUCAUUCGGUUGACCGGAUGACCGAAGCUAAAUAGCACAUACAUACAUAACUUAUUAAUCGUUAUAAUUUAUCGUAACAUUCUCGAUCGAGAAGAAGCACGCAUAAAGAGACAGAAGAGGAAAGAAAAAUUUACCUUAAAAAACUUGUUAAAAAUUUAUCUCUGCGAUUCUUUCUUUUUUCUUUGUGCAAUUAAAUAUUAUAUAAAUUCAAUUUCCACAUUCUCGAUAAACUGUCUAAAGAUUUAUUUAAAUUGAAGAAAAAGUUGUUCGCCAGCUAAUUCUUCUUUUCGCCAGUUUUUCUUCUUCUUCUUCGACGCUUCAUUAGUUAAUUAUAAACAAAAAAGUUGGUUACAGGGUCCAGUUUUACGAGAGUUGCGACGAAUACAAGAUUGCGCACACGUUUAUUCUUUAAAUACGUUUUUUCUCUUUCUGUAAUCGUUAUGCUUAUCCUUCUACAAAUAAAUACCUGAAUAUAUUGA